AUGGCAGCUGUUAUUCAGGAUCCUUCUCGCCAGAUUACGAAGCCGGAACUAGUAUUCAAGAUCGACGGACUCUCUUGUGGUGUAAAUGAUGCGAUCUUUAUUCCUGGUAGAGACUCUAUCGUCACAGGAUCAGAGGAUCGCACUUUGAGGAUUUGGGUCAGGAGAGAUACUGGGAAGUUCUGGCCAACAGUUAUCGAGCUGCUACCCAGUCCCAUUACCUGUAUCACGUAUUCUGCCGAAUUACACAGAUUAUUCGUUGGUUUGGAGAAUGGAACGGUUGUAGAAUAUGACGUUGCUGAAGAUUUGAAUCAUAUUGAACACAAAAGGGACUAUCUCUCUCAUACUGCUAGGACAACUGGGAUUGUUUGCACCCCAGAUAUGGGUUGGGUUGUAUCUGCUUCAAAAGAUCGUACUGUCGCAUGGUAUUCGACCAAUAGUGGUAGACGUAUAUGUGAACAUAAUUUAGAGCACUCAGCCACUUGUUUGGAAUAUGAUGUUGGCUCACACUACGUGUUUGUUGGUGAUAACAGCGGUCGCAUUACUUUACUGAGCAUUAAUCAAGUCAAUGGUCAAGUAAUGUGUCGUGUAAUUCGUGAACUCCGUGGUCAUGAGCAGUCAGUAUCCUUUCUGGCUUGGGAUAGUGUGAAUUCUCGUCUAUUUUCUUGCAGUGCCGACCGUUCUGUUAUCUUCUGGGAUAUUGGUGGAGCUAAAGGUUCAUCUUUUGAGUUGCAAGGACAUUCCAAAGAAGUAUCGUCAAUAUGUUGGUGGAGUAUGGGUGCCUCUUCUGCAAACGUCAAGGACAGUAAGUACAAAGGACUACUUAUAUCCGGUGGUCUUGAUGGUUAUCUGAUUUCUGGUUUAUGGACCCUUCGCGCAUAG